GAAGUAAUUUAUUUAUUUACAAACAUCGGGUACUAGGGGGCGUGGUCAACGAUGUGUUCGUGGCUUGUGUUAAAAUCGUUAAAUCCUUUCAUCAUGAUGUAAAACAGAAAUUUUAAAAUAUAUAGUUUAAAAACAUUAAUUUAAUGGAUUCCACAGACAGCAGUCUUGUAGAUCAAUUGACUUUGCAAUUGUCUGAAAUAGAGAUGCUCAGUAGCAUGUAUCCUGACAAUAGUGAAUUUUAUAUCACUCUCCCUUCUAUUAUAGCAGAUAUGAAUAGAUAUGUUGAAGGGAAAACACAAUAUACUCCUAAUGAAUUAGAUUUUGUUUUAAAUCUUGAUAUUCCUGACAUAAAAGAAAAAUUAGAAGUGAAUAUUAUUUUUCCUCAUCAGUAUCCUUCUCGAAAACCUUCAAUAUCCUGUCGAUCUCUUGGUCUCAGCAGAACGCAACAGAGAGAGCUCAAUUCUUCUGCUAGAAACUAUAUUGACAGUUUACCUAAUGACGAACUGUGUUCCAUAUCAAUAAUCAACUGGUUAACAGAAAAUGCUGCUAAUUAUUUUUCACUUAAAACACCAGAAACUGACUCCGAUUCAUUAGAUUAUAAAGCUCCGUCACCUGUAAGAGACAUUAAAUGUAGAUUAUGGGUAUACAGUCAUCAUAUUUAUAGCAAAUUUAAAAGGAGGGAGAUUAUUGAUAGUGCUCAGGAUUUGAAUUUAACUGGAUUCUCACUACCAGGAAAGCCUGGUUUUAUAUGUGUUGAAGGUGAUAAAAGAGAUUGUUAUGAAUUCUUACAUAAUUUAAAACAGAUGACUUGGAAGAAACUCUCUCUGGUAAAAGAAGAAACAGUAGUUACAGAUUCUGAUGAAUCGGAUUUUAAAAAAUUUGAUAAAUUCCAGGAGAUAAGCUUUCAGGUUAGGAGAGGUCCGGCUAAAGAGUACCACAUGGACAUGGGCCAGUUUUUGAAGUAUCUCGAAGAACAUAAUUGUUCCUAUGCUUUUAAUGAUUUGCUCGGAUUAGAAGGUCAUUCUUCUGGCAGUAAAUAAAUGUAUUUUUUACUUAU